AUUGUCCCUUUUAAAAAAGAAAACCCACCCACCCCAUCUUCUCCGACUCCGAGGGCAAUGAUUGAUCCGAUUCUUACGAUCAAGGAAAUGUCACCCGAAAGGCACCUUGCGAGGCACUGACGCAAAAGCCCCCAUCGGCCAUCCCCAGCCAGGGAUAGAAAGCUUGGCUCUUGCCUGAGCCCAACCCAGUCUCCCGCUCCUCUUCUUUGCGGCUGGCUUUCUCCUCCCAAAAAAGAGCCUUCCUCCCCUCUUCUGCUGCUUCCAUCCGAUGCUCUUGGAGACAUGGACGUGGCCGCUGCCAAGGAGAUGAAGGCCCACCUUGCCAACAGCCCAGAGGGCCUGAUCCGACAGAGCCCCGAAAGCGACCCGCCGCCGCCUCCGAGGAGCCUCUCCUGCCAGGUGCCCUCGCAGAUGACCCUCGAGGCCGACCCUCCCUCCUGGCCGCCCGAGGACGCCCGCCCCAAGGAGCCCGAGCGGGCCAAGGUGGGCGUCUGCCAAGUGGCCCCCGUGGCCCCCUCCGUCCCCUCCGUCCCCGAGACCCAGCAGCCCUCCUCGCCUAGCAAGGGCGCCCCUCUGCAAAGCCCCGACGGCGGAGGAGGUGGAGGAGGAAGGAAAAGCGCCCUGGAGCAGAACAACGCCAAGCCCGGCUGGGUGAACAUGAGCCAGAGUACCGUGGUCCUGGGCACCGAUGGCAUCACCUCUGUCCUCCCCGGCAGUGGCAGGCUCCCCGAGCAAACGGAAGAGGAGGAAGGGGACGAAAACAAAGCCCGGGGCAACUGGUCUAGCAAGCUGGACUUCAUCCUCUCCAUGGUGGGUUAUGCCGUAGGGCUGGGCAAUGUCUGGAGAUUCCCGUACCUGGCCUUUAAGAAUGGGGGAGGUGCAUUUCUUAUUCCCUAUUUGACCAUGCUGGCUUUGGCUGGAGUUCCUAUCUUUUUCUUGGAAGUUUCUCUGGGGCAGUUUGCUAGCCAGGGCCCCGUGUCUGUUUGGAAAGCCAUCCCUGCCUUACAAGGCUGUGGCAUUGCUAUGCUGAUUAUCUCGGUCCUAAUAGCCAUAUAUUAUAAUAUUAUAUUGUGCUACACACUUUUCUACCUUUUUGCAUCUCUUGUAAAUGUGUUACCUUGGGCUUCCUGUAACAAUCCAUGGAACACUCCGGAUUGUAGAGAUAAAGACAAACUUUUAUUAGAUUCCUGUAUCAUUGGUGAUCGGCCCAAAUUACAAAUAAAGAACUCCACUUUCUGUAUGAGUGCCUAUCCAAACUUGACAAUGGUAAAUUACACCACCAGCCAUGUCAACAAAACUUUUGUCAGUGGCAGUGAAGAGUACUUCAAGUACCAUGUGUUGAAGAUUUCUGCAGGAAUUGAAUAUCCUGGCGAAAUCAGGUGGCCUUUGGCACUGUCUCUCUUUCUGGCUUGGGUAAUUGUUUAUGCGUCCCUGGCUAAAGGAAUAAAGACUUCAGGAAAAGUGGUGUAUUUCACUGCUACAUUCCCUUAUGUUGUGCUUAUCAUCUUACUCAUCAGAGGAGUAACCCUUCCAGGAGCCGGGGCUGGAAUCUGGUACUUCAUCACACCUAAGUGGGAGAAACUAACUGAUGCUAUGGUGUGGAAAGAUGCCGCCACGCAAAUCUUUUUCUCUUUGUCUGCUGCAUGGGGUGGCCUGAUUACUUUGUCUUCCUACAACAAAUUUCACAACAACCUAUACAGGGACACCUUGAUAGUAACUUGCACCAACAGUGCCACUAGUAUAUUUGCAGGCUUUGUCAUUUUUUCAGUUAUUGGAUUCAUGGCGAAUGAGCUUAAAGUUGACAUUGAAGAUGUUGCAGACCAAGGUCCUGGAAUUGCCUUUGUAGUAUAUCCUGAAGCUUUAACCCGACUUCCUCUUUCACCGUUUUGGGCUAUAAUCUUCUUUUUGAUGCUCCUAACACUUGGCUUGGACACCAUGUUUGCCACUAUUGAGACAAUAGUGACAUCAGUUUCAGAUGAGUUUCCGAAGUACUUACGUACUCACAAGCCUCUGUUCACUCUUGGAUGCUGUGUUGCCUUUUUCAUCAUGGGCUUUCCUAUGAUCACUCAGGGUGGAAUGUACAUGUUGCAGCUUGUUGAUACCUAUGCAGCAUCUUACUCUCUGGUUAUAAUAGCCAUUUUUGAACUUGUUGGCAUUUCAUACAUUUAUGGGUUGCAAAGAUUUUGUGAAGACAUAGAAAUGAUGAUUGGAUUCCAGCCAAGCAUAUUCUGGAGAGUCUGUUGGGCUUUUGUGACCCCAACAAUUUUAACAUUCAUCCUUUCCUUUAGCUUCUACCAAUGGGAACCAAUGACUUACGGCAACUACCACUAUCCAGGAUGGUCUAUGGUACUAGGAUGGUUGAUGCUGGCUUGCUCUGUUAUCUGGAUACCCAUUAUGUUUGUUAUAAAAAUGCACAUAGCUCCUGGAAAUUUUAUUGAGAGGCUCAAGCUGGUCUGCUCUCCACAACCAGAUUGGGGACCAUUCUUGGCUAAACAUCGUGGUGAACGUUACCAGAAUAUGAUAGACCCACUGGGAACAUCUUCUCUUGGACUUAAACUGCCACCAAAAGAUAUUGAAUUGGAGACACCCUGCUAGUAAAUCUCCUACUUGUGGCCCUUUGUACAACCCAUUGCUUUGAUCUUUCUUUCUUUCUUUCUUUCUUUCUUUCUUUCUUUCUUUCUUUUUCUCACAGUGCCUGAAAGUGGUUGCUUAGGAAGUAUGAUUUAUUGUUGCAUGCAUGUAGUAAAGAACUAAAUAGACCACUUUAAGUACUGGGGUUUGGUCUUUAUAUACAGUGGUGCCCAGGAAGGAGUACUUUCACUGUGAAACAGUGACAAUCAGACAGUUGCACUUGGAAAUUGUUUUUGUGGAUGCUGUGAUAAUUCUGCUCUUGGGAAUAAUUAAUUAUCACAACUUGAUUUCAUUUGGUGCAGCCAGAUGGGUGGAAUUCAAGGUUUCUGGCACCAUUUGGCCACUCCAUGACCCAUGGUUCAGGUUUUCUGAUACACAAAUGAGUUCACAACAGUGAGUUCACAAUGUGGGGCAGACAACUAGUCCAAAAUUAUAUGUCCCUGCUUGCUUGCCUUCUUCUUCUUGUUUUUUUUUAAAGUAGUUCUCUCACAUCACAGAAUCAGUCUAGCACAGAUGUUUCUAUCACCUGUGUUUUAGGACAUGUAAAAUGCAGGAGUUAAAUGCUAGGUUCAAAUCUACUGUGUUUAGUGGAGUGUGGAAAAAGCACACCCAUUUAUUUUCCUUAUCUGUGCUUAUUGAUUUAAAGGGCAUUAAAUUAGGGAUAUCUAAUUUGUAAAACUAUCUGAUGACUAAAGCCAAGUGGGUCGGCUGCCAUUUGAGUGAAUCUAUUUUGUAUGUAUUUGCUCCAAGUUACUACUACCAUAGCAUUUUAAUGUAAUGUCUGGUUGUAAUUGGAUACAUAGGCAGAAUGGUCAGGCUAAUAGCCUAUAUCCUACUAAAUCUGGCUGAAAACCAGUUUUAGGCCAAAGUCUUUUUUGUCCCGAGAUCCUUUUACUGAAAAUGCUGAGAUCUGAAUCUGGAACAUCAUAUAUGGAAAUAUCUGCACUCUUGCACAGAGCUGUGGCUCGCUUAUUUUGCACCUGAAGUUAUAAAUAUCACAUACAUACAAAGUAGAAGUUGGGUAUAUGAAACAUGAUAAAACAUUGUAAGAUGCAGCUGAGAAUAGCAUGUAACAUAUGAGACUAGAUUCCUACCUCGGUAAUGCCAGACACAAAUGCAGAAGGGCUCCAUGCAGAAUUUGAACAGAGGCCUCCAGUUUUUAUGCCAUAGGAGCCAAACAUGGCCCAACAUGUCUUCCAUUCAGUGGCUGCUAGUUCUAUUGGCACUAGCAGAGCUACUUUUAAUGCAUGCAAGGAGGCAGCCUUUCAAUACAGUGCACUAAUAUAAUGUGAGACUUGGCAUUG